AUGCCAGGCUCGCAGCGCUCAGAGGAGAGAGGGGAGGCGGAGGCGACAGCGGGGGACGAGGACCUGGGUGGCCUCACCCCUGAGGAGCUGCAGCAGGGCCAGGAGGCAGCGCUGGCGCUGGAGGACAUGAUGGCGCUGAGCGCGCAGACGCUGCUGCAGGCCGAGGUGGACGCGCUGUACCUGCCUGUGCGGACACUGGGCCAGGGUCGCUAUGGCCGCGUGCUGCUGGUCACGCACCGACAGAAAGGCACCGCCCUGGCGCUGAAGCAGCUGCCCAAGGCCUCCACGACCCUGCGCGGCUUCCUGCACGAGUUCUGCGUGGGGCUGUCGCUGGGCGCCCAUGCCGCCAUCGUUACGGCGCUGGGCAUCGGCAUCGAGUCGGCCGAGUCCUACAGCUUCCUGUGCGAGCCCGUGCUACACGGCGACCUCAUCGCCUUCAUCGAGCCCAAGGUGGGGGUCCCCGAGGCGGCGGCGCAGCGGUGCGCGGCGCAGCUGGCGUCGGCGCUGGAGCACGUGCACGCGCGGGGCCUGGUGUACCGCGACCUGAAGCCCGAGAACGUGCUGGUGUGCGACGCGGGCUGCCGGCGCAUCAAGCUGACCGACUUCGGCCACACGCGGCCCCGGGGCACGCUGCUGCGCCUGGCCGGGCCCCCCAUCCCCUACACGGCGCCCGAGCUCUGCGCGCCGCCGCCGCUGCCCGCCGGGCUGCCCAUCCAGCCGGGCCUGGACGCCUGGGCGCUGGGCGUGCUGCUCUUCUGCCUGCUCACCGGCUACUUCCCCUGGGACCAGCCGCUGCGCGACGCCGACCCCUUCUACGAGGACUUCGUGCUCUGGCGCGCCUCCGGCCUGCCCGACGACCGCCCGCAGCCCUGGGGGGGCCUCGCGCCUGCCGCCGACCAGCUCCUGGGUGCGCUGCUGGACCCCGAGCCCCGCGGCCGGGCCGCCGUGAGCUGCGUGCGCGCCUACCUGGGCCGUCCCUGGAAGCAGCCCCGGGGAGGCCAGGCGGGGGUGGAGGAUGGCGGGGAGUGAGGGGCUGCCCGGACUCCCCUGGGCCCGCCUGCCUCUGCCCUGCACCCGGGGGCUGCUCCUCUCCAGGUCUCCGGCCCCUCUGUGCCACCCACCCUGGCCCUCCUGCCCCUUCCCUGCACCCGGAGGCUGCUCCUCUCUAGACCUG